GCAAAGGUUAGGACAUUGAAUGGGUGUAGUGAGAGACACACCACUAGCCAGUAUAUCCAUAAGAUUCGCGCGGCGCAAACGUACGUGUACGCCAACGCUACGCGACCAUUGUAGUCGCUCUUUAACAAGCCUGCACAUGAAUUAAAGGCAAAAUGACUGUGACAGCACAGUUAGUGCUAUUUGCAGUAGCCAUAAACGCAGUUUCUGCUCAAACUUAUUAUUACAAUGAGAUCGAGCACAGGUGUCCCAAACCAUGGAUAUCCUUCCAGGACACUUGUUAUCGCUUCAUCAAGAGUUUUAGAUCUAGAGAAGAAGCUCGAAGAAAUUGUCAGGCAUAUCAAAGUGAACUGCUUACUAUAAAUUCUCUCGAUGAGCAUAAUCAUAUAUUAAGAGAAUUGCUUCAACAAGAUCCACAACAUAGAAAAUGGUAUACUGGUGUGAGAAUGCAAGGCACUUAUUGGACCAAUGAUGAUGGCACUCAAUUAAUAAAUAUGGAGAAUUCAUUUUUACCAGAUCAGAAUGAAUAUAAUGUUUAUGGUAGAGAUUAUCUGGUUUAUGGAUAUAGUGAAUUAGUUAAACGCUGGGGGUUGGAAAAAGUUUCUGGUCAUGAGCCUCAUUAUUAUAUCUGCGAAGCACCUACAUCAAAUUUAGCAUAUCUUCUAGAUGACAAUCGUGAUUAUCAAUAUGGUAUUGAAGUGAAUGACCCUCUAAAAAUUCCAAGAGGUCCUUAUUUUAUUAAACAACCAGUUAACAAAGUGUUCGAUGUAACCAAGAGAGUUGUUUCUGAUGAUGUAACAAUGGGUUGCCUUGCUGGUGGUUAUCCAGCUCCAACUUAUGAAUGGUUCAAAGAAGAUUAUCAUAAUGACAAAGUAAUUGCCACAAAAAUAGAUCCUCUAGCGAAUGAUAGAUAUACAGUUAGCGGUGGUACCCUUAUCAUUUUUAGUCCAAAUCAAACUGAAGACAGAGGUAGCUAUCACUGUAAAGCUACUAAUAAAUAUGGAACAAUUAGAUCUGAAAGUGUUGAGCUAUCAUUUGGAUACAUACUUGAAUUUAAUUUGAAAAGACCCGAAGAACGUGGUGAUGAACAUUGGGGUAAAGCUAUUUACUGUGACCCUCCACAGCAUUUCCCUGGUGUCAAAUAUUAUUGGGCCAGAGAAGCAUUUCCUUACUUUGUAGACGAUGACAACGAGAGACUUUUUGUUUCAAAUGAUGGUGCUCUGUAUUUUUCUGCAUUAGAAAAAAUUGAUCAAGCUAAUUAUUCAUGUAAUGUGCAAAGUACUGCUUCCGAUACCGGACGUAAUGGUCCUUUCUUUCCGCUUUACGUUAGCCCUCAUUUGACGCCACAAAAUUUGAAGUUUCCCAAUAACUUCCCAAAAAUUUUCCCGGAAGCACCUAUCGUUGGUGAUCAAGUUAGAAUGGAGUGCAUUGCUUUUGGAUUCCCCGUACCUUCUUACAAUUGGACGCGAUUGGGAUCAGAUUUACCUCGAGGGGCAUACACAACAAAUCACAAUCGUGUUUUGAUAAUCCCGCGUGCUCGCAUUGAAGAUCAAGGCGAAUAUGUUUGCCGUGCUCGUAACGAGAAGAUUUCAAUAAAAAAUUCCGUUUACUUAUCUAUUCAAGCUGCUCCAAACUUCACUGUACCAUUGGUCGACAAACAUGUGGAUAAUCACGGUGAUUUAACGUGGAUUUGCGAAGCUUUUGGUAUUCCAGAUGUCAGUUAUACUUGGUACAGAAAUGGCGAAAUAAUUGAUUAUCUCAAUAUGCCACCUGAAGACAGAGACAGGUACAUAAUACAAGACAAUGUCUUAAAGAUCAAGAGCUUAGAUCCAGAGAAAGAUGAGGCAAUGUACCAGUGUGAAGCUAAAAAUCAACUCAAGACCAGGUACUCAUCUGCUCAACUCCGAGUUUUGUCUUUAAAACCAUCAUUUAAAAAAUUCCCACUGGAGCCGGAAACUUUUGCUGCUGAAGGCGGCAAUGUAACAAUGCGAUGUAAUCCAGAAGCAGCGCCAAAACCCAAAUUUACAUGGAAAAAAGAUGGCAACGUUAUCGGUAGUGGUGGACGUAGACGCAUUCUCGAUACUGGUACUCUCAUGAUUAGUCCGGUUUCACGAGAUGAUGAGGGUACUUACUACUGUCAAGCAUCAAACCAGUAUGGCAAUGAUGAGUCUCGUGGACGUCUAAUUGUUUUAAACGGUCCAAGAUUCAUUGAAUCUUUACCACAGAACAUCCCUACCGCUGUUAACUGGAAUCAGACUUUGCGUUGCCAAGCCGAAACGGAUGAAAUGCUUGACAUGGCCUACCUUUGGUUGCACAAUGAUAUGCUCAUAAGGGACAAAGAUCUCGAAGCUAAUCCGCACAUUGUCAUCGAUGGUGGAGUCUUGGAUAUCAUCAAUGCUACCCUUGCAGAGGCUGGCGUUUACGAAUGCAUCGUGACGAGUGCUGUAGGCAAUAUUUCGUCUCGUACAACUGUAACGAUUCGGGGUCCACCUGGACCACCUGGUGGUGUGCAAGUGGUCAAUGUAGUCAGAACUUCGGUCACGCUUUCUUGGACUGACGGUGCUUAUCAUGGCAAACCAAUCAAUAAGUACUGCAUCAGUGCCAAAUCAAACUGGAAUCAGACUUGGUUCAAUUUAACAGAAAAUUAUACAAACUUCAUAGAAAUCGAUAGGUACAAUGGUCGUAAGCAAGUAUAUCUUGAAAAUGUUCUCAAGCCAUUUACGAUUUACGAGUUCCGCGUACAAGCUGGAAAUGAGCUCGGUUACGGGCCUCCAUCGAUGUCAUCACCUCAAUAUAGUACACCACCUGACAAACCUCAAAAAGCUCCAUCUAAUAUUCGUGGUGGCGGGGGCAAGAUUGGAGAUCUUACUAUAAAGUGGGAUCCUCUACCCAACUCUGAUCAUUACGGCCCGGGUAUUUUUUACAAAGUAUUCUGGCGUCGUAAGGUAGGAGAAACUGAAUUCCAAUCUCUAGUAUUGAAAGAAUUUGGUAACACCAAUAUGGCUGUUGUAACAAUUCAACAAGCAUAUUUUUAUACUGAAUAUGAAGUUCAAGUCCAAGCUGCUAAUGCUAUCGGUUACGGCCCUAAAUCUGAAAUUGUAACUAUUUACAGCGCUGAAGAUAUGCCACAGGUUGCACCACAAUACGUGUCUGCUGUAUCAUACAACAGUACUGCUUUAAAUGUAACUUGGAAUCCUAUCGAGCAAACUCGCGAACGUGUACAUGGUAAACUCAUCGGUCAUCGUAUCAAAUAUUGGAAGGAAACAAAUCGGGAGGAGGACGCAGUAUAUUAUCUAUCUCGUAGUACCCGACCAUGGUCUCUAGUUGUUGGUUUACAACCAAAUACAUAUUAUUAUGUGAAGGUAAUGGCUUAUAACUCGGCUGGUGAAGGACCUGAAAGUGAACGUUAUCUCGAGCGUACGUACCGUAAAGCACCUCAAAACCCACCAUCGUCAGUCUUUAUUAGACCCCUCAAUCCAAAAACGAUUCGCGUAACGUGGCGUUAUGUACAAAAUAUCAAUGAUGAGGAGCCAGUCAUUGGCUUCAAGAUUCGCGUCUGGGAAUCGGAUCAAGAUAUGAGCACGGCCAUCGAUACACUUGCUCCAGUAGGCUCAAUCGAUCAAAUAAUUGACCAUUUAACACCUGGAAAAGAGUAUAGACUACGUGUUUUGGCCUACAGCAAUGGUGGAGACGGUCGAAUGUCAAGUCCGGCGCAUACUUUCAGAAUGGGCGACGAUUAUGAUUAUGGACGUAACGCUGCUUAUAAAAAAGCCAUGGACGUAAUUUUGCUUAUUGUAAGUCUUGUGUUCGUAAGACAGUUCAGAUUUGUUUGAAGCGAUAUUAUAAUAUUUAUAGCAAUCUCGAUUUUCAAAGUAAAACUGCCUGUCGAAAUACUUCGAUCUAAAAAUAUAACAGUCCUUCCAGAUAAAAUUCAAUUUCAGAACUUUUUACAAGUUGAUUAAUGAUAAUAACUAUUGUAAUGUAGUAAAAUUAAAGCCUAAUAUUAUACAUUUUUCCGGAAAAGUAACGUUUGCAAAAAAGUAGCUAUAUAAUUGUAAAAACAAUGAAAAACUAUUUAAAUUGAAAAAUACUGCACAAUUAGAAAAUCAAUAAUUCUAAAAGAGAUAUUACGAAAAAGCCUUGUCCAAUCGACCAAAGCAAUGAAAACACUUGCAAAAUCAAAAAUUCUAAAAUAAAAAUAUAUACCUACACACCGUAGUACCUUACCAAAAAGUUACUAUUUCACAAGUUUAAAAUUUCGAAGAAAUGUGCAAAAUUAUAUCUGACUUUAACGCAAAGACCUAUUUUUACAUAAAAAAUGAUAAGUAUACAAAUUGAAAUGAUGCAAUAUUCAUUGGAUUUUAAUUGUAAUAUAUAUAGUAAAAAACGAUACAAUGUUUUAGAAUGCAUGAUGUCUAAGAAAUAUUAAAUAAUAAUAGAAGGAGUAUAGCUUGAUUAAUUUGAAACUUGUUAAAUAAUCAAUAGCAAAACCAAUGAAUGCAAAUAUUAUUAUGGUAAAUCGUUGUGAUUAAAUUUUAUUGUAAUAUUUUGAUAACAAGAAAACUUUAACUGUUGUAAUAUGAAAUUGCUAUGCUAAUAGGCGUUAUUUUUUCAAUAGUUUUUGAAAAAAAAUGUAUUGUAUGUCUACAAGACACCGAUCAUAAUCCUCAAAUAAUAUGAUUAAAUGUAUAAUGUAACACUAGUUUAUAAGGUAAAACUGAGAAUCUCAAAACUGAGAAUCUGCGAAGAAAUAUGUUCGUCCGUCCAUUUUAUCCAGGUUGUAACGUAGUUAGUUUUAUAAUAAAAAUCAACGUUUAGAUUAGUAUAUAUUUGUAUAUUCAUAGCGUAGUAUUAGAAGAUUGUACUUUAUAUCUAUUCAUUUACUUUAUUUAAUUUUGCGCCAUCGUUUUGUUAAUUUUAAUUUUCAAAAUUGCGCAUCAAGAUAGUGAUUAAUUUCCGUCCUUUUAUUUCGAUCGAUUCUAUGUAAAGGGGAAAAAUAUGAGGUUAGCUAUUCGAGUAAAUAUUUUUCCCUCCUCAUCGUAUCUUUUUAUUUUUUACAAAAAAAGAAAAAUUAAAUAAAAG